AUGCGAGAGAGGCCCUGGUCUAACUGGCUCCGGCAGCUCACGCCUGAGGCCGCAGGGACGCCUACUAGAACAAAUCCGGGUGUCACUGGCGUGCUCCGCGGAAAAAAGAAAGGCGGCUUUGCCAAUCCCCAAGGCGAGGGAGAGGCAGCAGCCGGUCAGCUGACGCUGAGAAGGCGAGAGUGGAGGAAUGAGAAGAAUGUGCUUGCUCAGAAGAUGGGAGCGAUAGGGACUCCCCACUCUGACCCCCGGCGCUGCAGCCCGGAGGAGAAGCCGGGCCUCCGCGCAGCUGUUGCCACUCGGGCUGUCACCGGGCGGCCGCUGCCUGCGCCACCAGGACGGGUUUCUGCUGCUGCUGCUGGGCCGGCCGCGGCAGCUGCUUCUGCCUUGACUGUUGCCCCUGACCCUUCUGCUGUUUCUUCCUUGAUUUCAGCAUCAGCUUUUCUUCCCCCGCCCCCCACCCCCGCCUCCUGGCAGUACCUCCUGUAA